AUGAAAUUCAUCGGUCUACUAUUAUCACUAGUAGUUGCUGCUUCGGGGGCACCUCGAGGGUACAACGUCGGUGCAGGCCUUACAUACGGACCCGGAUCCACUGAUGGUGGUGCAGGAACAGCCGGUGGAGGAGGUACAGCGACUGGAUGCCAAGAAGGAGAUGUCCUACACGUAGAUGGGACAUGUAUAACUCCUGAAGUUACAAGAAAGGUCUAUUUAUUUAAUGUUCCUGAACAAGUGAGACCCGUUGGUCCAGCACCUAGUAUUCCUCCUCCAGAAGUGGACCACAAAAUCUUGUUCGUGCGCCUUCCUGAGGAAGCACCUGCACCUGACCCCAUCGUACUUCCCCCAUCAAGGCAAAACAACAUCGUCUAUGUACUCAACACGCAAGAAGAACAAGUUCAACGAGUGAUCGAAGUACCAGCUCAGCCACAAGCUGAUCCCGAGAUUUACUUCGUCAACUAUCAAGAUGGCGAGAAUCCGACCCUUCCCUUAGGAGUAGAUCUUGAAACUGCUCUCAGCGCCGCUGCCGCGGCCGGUGGUCAGAUUCUAGGAGGCGUCGAUGAGGCUGAUGGAGCAUCCGGAUUUGGUGGUGUGGGUGGAUUAAGAGGUCCAGGUGGAAUUACAGAAGGUAAUGGUCUCGGGAGUGUAAAUGGAUUUGGUGGUGUUAAUGGAGCUGGUGUUGGUGGAGGAGUUAAUGGCGGGGCGGGAGAGUUCCAGACUGGCUUCAGGGGUAGACCAGCGGGCCUUUACACUACGCCCUAG